AUGGCUCGUCUGGCCGCGGACGUGCAUGGCCCGCGGGUCAUCCCAAGCCCGGACACGGACUCGGACACAGACUCCGAGGAGCCGAGCCUCCGGCGCAGCGCUGGCGGGCUGCUCCGCUCGCAGGUCAUCCACAGCGGUCACUUCAUGGUGUCGUCGCCGCACAGCGACUCGCUGACCCGGCGGCGCGACCAGGAAGGACCCGUGGGACACUCCGACUUCGGGCCGCGCAGCAUCGACCCCACACUCACCCGCCUCUUCGAGUGCAUGAGUCUGGCCUACAGUGGCAAGCUGGUCUCUCCCAAGUGGAAGAAUUUCAAAGGCCUCAAGCUGCUCUGCCGAGACAAGAUUCGCCUCAACAAUGCCAUCUGGAGGGCCUGGUAUAUCCAGUAUGUGGAACGCAGGAAGAGCCCCGUCUGUGGCUUCGUGACACCCUUGCAGGGUCCUGAAGCUGACGAGCACCGGAAACCGGAGGCCGUCGUCCUGGAGGGGAAUUACUGGAAGCGGCGCAUCGAGGUGGUGAUGCGCGAGUACCACAAGUGGCGGAUCUACUACAAGAAGCGGCUGCGUCGGUUCAGGGACGUUGACUUCCUGGCCCCUAAGCAGAGGGAGCGGGGCUGGCAGCCGUCGGAGCUAUGGCAGGAACAGCUCUUUUCCAGCAUGAUGCCUGUGUUGCUGGGGGGCCCAGAGGAGGAGCCCAGUGGACGGCAGCGCCUGGACCUCGACUGCUUCUUGUCUGACAUCUCUGACACCCUCUUUACCAUGACUCAGCCCAGCGCUGCACCCCUGCAGCUGCCCCAUGAGGAUGCCUAUGUGGGCAACGCUGACAUGAUCCAGCCGGACCUGACACCACUGCAGCCCAGCCUGGAUGACUUCAUGGAGAUCUCAGAUUUCUUCACCAACUACCGCCCUCCACAGACGCCCAUGCCUUCAAACUUCCCAGAGUCCUCUGGUUUCAACCCCAUGGCUGACUCCCUCUUCAGCAGUGGGAUCCCGAGCCAGGAGGUGCCUCCCACCCCGUCGAUGGGCAUGGCCCACCUCUCAGGCAGCCGCCUGCAGGCUCCGAACGGCUGCCCUGACCCCUUGGACUCCAGUGCCUACCUGAACUCUGAUUUCCUCCUUCCUGAAGACCUCAAGCCCAAGCUUCCACCCACUCCCAUGCCCCCACCCCUCCUCCACUAUUCUGCCCCAAACAAGGUGCCUGACCUGGAGCCCUGCCCUCCAGCCCCCUUCCCUCCUAUGGCUGCACCCCCUGCUUUGCUACAGGAAGAACCCCUGUUCUCUCCCAGGUUUCCUUUCCCUGUUGUCCCUCCUGCUGCAGGAGUGUCUCCCCUGCCUGCUCCCUCAGCCUUCCCAUCUAGCCAGCAGCCUGGCUCUGGCCCUGCCCCAUCCCCCUUCCCUGUAGACUUUGUGCCCUCAGGGUAUCCGGAGCCUGCAUUUGGGCAGCGUUUUGCAGUGCCCCUGGGUACACGGCCCAGAGGCAAGCCUCACGCCCAAUGCCCAAGAGGGCAGAAGCCCAGCCCCACCCCCUUGGCCCCUGCCACUGCCAGCCCCAAUGUCACUGCAGGGGACACCAACCCCUGCCUCACACAGCUGCUCACUGCAGCCAAGCCUGAUCAAGCCCUGGAUCCACCACUUGUGUCCAGCUCCCCGGUCCGGCCCUCAGGGUCCCCGCAGGAAACGGUCCCUGAAUUCCCCUGCAUCAUCUUUCCCCUGACCUCGGCUCCCACACAGCCCCGGCCACCUCUAGGCCCAGCCACACCAGCCCCUCCCAGACCUCUGAUUGUCCCCAAAGUGGAGCGGCUUUCACCCCCAGCACUCAGCGGCGGUGAGCGGCGGCUGUCUGGGGAGCUCAGCUCUGCACUAGGCCCGACAACACUGAGUGUCUCCCCACCCCAACCCAUCCUAAGCCGAGGGCGUCCAGACAACAACAAAACCGAGAACCGGCGCAUCACACACAUCUCAGCUGAGCAGAAGCGACGUUUUAACAUCAAGCUGGGGUUCGACACCCUGCAGGGGCUGGUGAGCACGCUCAGUGCCCAGCCCAGCCUCAAGAUGAGCAAAGCCACCACACUGCAGAAGACAGCCCAGUACAUCGCCAUGCUGCAGCAGGAGCGGGCAGCCAAGCAGGAGGAGGCCCAGCGGCUACGCGAGCAGAUCGAGGAACUCAAUGAAGCCAUUAACCUCUGCCAGCAGCAGCUGCCUGCUACCGGCGUGCCCAUCACACACCAGCGCUUUGACCAGAUGCGCGACAUGUUUGAUGACUACGUCCGGGUCCGAACGCUGCACAACUGGAAGUUCUGGGUGUUCAGCAUCCUCAUCCGGCCUCUGUUUGAGUCCUUCAAUGGGAUGGUGUCCACAGCAAGCUUGCAAAGCCUCCGCCAGACCUCUCUGGCCUGGUUGGACCAGUACUGCUCCCUGCCUGCACUCCGGCCAACUGUCCUGAACUCCCUGCGCCAGCUGAGCACAUCUACCUGUGUCCUUACAGAACCAGAGCGCAUACCUGAGCAAGCCACACGCGCAGUCACACAGAGUACCCUUGGCAAAUCUUUGUAG